CACCUACCGCUCUCCCGAUAGGCUUCGCGCGGGCGCGCCUGUUUAAGUAGGCGGAAGAGCCGGUGCGCAUGGUAGCCUAGCAGGCGGAAGUGGCUCGUAUGCCCGUUGCCGCCAUGCCGGGAGACCACCGUCGAAUCCGCGGGCCGGAGGAGUCCCAGCCGCCGCAGUUGUACGCGGCCAACGAAGACGAGCCGCCCGCUGCCCGCGACCCGACGCGGCUACGGCCGGUGUACGCGCGCGCCGGGCUGCUGAGCCAGGCCAAGGGCUCGGCCUACCUGGAGGCGGGAGGCACCAAGGUGCUUUGCGCAGUGUCGGGCCCGCGCCAGGCCGAGGGCGGAGAGCGCGGCGGCGGCCCUGCGGGAGCGGGCGGCGAGGCCCCGGCCGCCCUCCGUGGCCGCCUGCUCUGUGACUUCCGCCGCGCGCCCUUCUCCGGUCCCCGGCGUCGCGCGCCCCAGGGCAGCGGCGAGGAGCGCGAGCUGGGUCUGGCGCUGCAGGAGGCCCUGGAGCCCGCGGUGCGCCUGGGGCGCUACCCUCGCGCCCAACUCGAGGUGUCCGCGCUGCUGCUGGAGGACGGCGGCUCUGCGCUGGCCGCGGCGCUCACGGCCGCGGCGCUCGCCCUAGCCGACGCGGGAGUGGAGAUGUAUGACUUGGUAGUGGGCUGCGGCCUGAGCCUCGCACCGGGACCCUCGCCCACUUGGCUGCUGGACCCUACGCGGCUCGAGGAGGAGCACUCUGCAGCCGGCCUCACGGUGGCGCUCAUGCCGGUGCUCAACCAGGUGGCCGGCUUGCUGGGCAGCGGGGAAGGCGGCCAGACUGAGAGUUGGACGGACGCGGUGCGCCUGGGCCUGGAAGGCUGCCAGCGCCUCUACCCAGUGCUGCAGCAGUGCUUGGUGCGAGCUGCCCGCCGGAGGGCCGCCGUCGCCCCGUCCUGAUUGGAAAAGCUUAACAACAAGGAUGCGGGUGACUGCAGUUGUCCUUCUCUCCCAAACGGACCGGCUGCUGGUCGCCUGGUUUGGCUGAGCUGAAGAAACAGCAGUGGGAGGUAGCGUGCACUGAACCAAAGCGCUGGACAGCUGUGUUGGAACGCUUUAAAGGGCCUUAGCAGCCUUACUGUAAAGUUGGAAAGGACUUAAGCUGGAUGACCUGGUAAAUGAGCUGUGAUCUUGUAAGGGAUGGACCCUGUGCAGGCCAGCCGUUGGCUCCAGUGUAUGUGGGAUAAACUACUUUUGAGAAGAUGGACAAGAGGACUUUGCCUUCUCACUACCCGAACUAAACAUAAAAACCCCUUUUAUACCUGAAAAUACAUUCUUGUGGUUUUUCUUGGUACUAGAGUUAGAAACAGUGCUGUUUUGAACUGGG